AUGGCCAGCUCUCCGCCCGAAUCGCCUGCGGGCAUUCCGUCAAGGCCGGCGAGCGCCAUGAUGCGACCUCCGCGAACGACCAGUCGUAUGAGUAUGACCAGCAAAGCUGGAGGAGGAAGCCGAGCUUCAGACGAGGAUGGGAAAACGUCCGUCAAAGUUGUUGUGCGUAUACGACCGCCGCUCAAGCCUUCAGAUCCUGGGUUCGAGCUCAUCCCACAGAGAUUCCAGCGAUCUAUGGUCCAGGUUACAUCGCCUACGGGCUUAGCUAUAGACUCACCGCAAGGACGGAAACAUUUCGUGUUCGAUCGGGUGUUUGGUGAGGAGACAGAUCAAGAAGGCAUCUGGGAAUAUUUGGUGGAGAGCACGAAUGCGUUUGUACAAGGUUACAAUGUCUCAAUGUUGGCGUACGGUCAAUCCGGCUCGGGAAAGUCCUACACAAUGGGAACGGCUGGGCCCGGCGAGCAGGCAAAUAUGGACGUUAUGGGCGUCAUUCCUCGUGCCGCCAGUGUACUAUUCGAAAAAUUGGAGGGAGGACGAGCUUCAAGUAAUCGGAACUCUGGAAUCCGAACCCCAAUGCGGUAUUCGAUGAACGCCGCCUCAAUGUCUAAGCAAUCUGAGAAGAACUGGACUCUCAAAGCUACAUAUGUAGAAAUUUAUAAUGAACAGUUACGAGAUCUGCUUCUUCCAGAAAAUACGCCUCUAGGGGAGAGGGGUCAAGUUGCUAUUCGACAACAUGCCAACGGCCAUAUACUCUUGACUGGGUUGCACGAGGUGGAAGUCAAUUCGGUGGAGGAUCUCAUGAAUGCCCUGAGCAUUGGAUCUUCAAUUCGUCAGACCGACGCAACAGCCAUCAAUGCGAAAUCCUCGCGUUCCCAUGCUGUGUUCAGCUUAAAUCUCGUCCAGCGAAAAAGCAAGUUACAAACGUUACAAGGCGCGGAGAAAAGAUUCUCUGUACCUCUGGAGGCCAUGACUGGCGCAGACACAAUGGUCACAAUCGAUAGCAAGCUUCACUUUGUUGAUCUGGCAGGGAGCGAGAGGCUGAAAAACACUGGUGCACAAGGAGAUAGGGCAAAAGAGGGGAUUUCAAUUAACGCCGGAUUAGCUAGUCUCGGGAAGGUUAUCUCUCAACUUUCAUCCCGCCAGGCUGGAUCUCACGUCUCAUAUCGCGAUUCGAAGCUCACUCGAUUGCUCCAGGACUCUUUGGGAGGAAAUGCUAUUACGUACAUGAUCGCGUGUGUUACGCCAGCAGAAUUCCACCUGAGUGAGACCUUGAACACGGUGCAGUACGCACAACGUGCUAGGGCAAUCCAAAGCAGACCACGAAUCCAGCAGGUGUCGGACAAUGACGGUGACAAACAGGCCCUCAUCGAUCGCCUUAAGGCAGAGGUUGAUUUCUUGCGCGAGCAAAUCCGAAGCACCGAGCGUUCAAGUGAUCGCCGGCCCACUGCAGCCGAGCGGCCUGAGCGACAAAACGAACGGGAAAUGGAGCUGCAAAAUCAACUUCUCGAUACGCAAGAAAACUAUACAACGUUGAGUCAACGUCAUGCGAAGCUAAUCUCUGAGAUGGCCAAGGCCCGUGACGGCGAAAUUGCAGACAAUCAGAACUUUGAGGACACUCUUGGUGAUAGUGCAACUGAACGACUCAAACGAUCCAAUUCUUUUGCUGAAGCCGUUGAGCAAGUCGUCCUGGAGUACGAGAAAACGAUUCAAACUUUGGAGCAGUCUCUUUCUAGCACACGAUCGUCCCUCUCAAAUACUGAGACAAUUUUGCUUGAAAAGGAAACGAAGUGUGCUUAUGUGGAGACAGUCAAUUCUCAAUUGCAAGCACGCCUCCAGAAAUUAAUUGACAGGGAAACAAGCACGGAGAAUUACCUUCAUGACUUGGAGGCCAAACUAGAUGGUCACACUUCUGGCGAGGAAAAGAAUUCUGCAAUCAUUAUGGAACUUCGAAAGGAAAUUGCUCGUGUCCGUGAGAAUGAAGCCAGUUGUGAAGAUUAUAUUUCCACCCUUGAGGAGCGACUCGCUGAGGCCGACCAAGAUGCGGAAUUGAUGCAACGGGAAAUUGAUAGGCUAGAGCAUGUCGUGGAGCGCCAGCGAAGCCUGGGCAAGUUGGACAAUCUACUCUAUGAACUCGAUCAUAUCCAGCAAGAUGGAAAAGUCGAUGAAGUCGAAACAGCAACGACCAACGGAGCCGGUAGACGUUCUUCAAUCGAUCAUUCCCGGCAACAGAGCUUCGCAAGCAGACGAAGCAAUAAAGACAUGAUUCUUGAAGAAGAAGAGGCAGAGAAUACUCAGCGUUCCGCCACGGAAGGUCCUGUUGAUAACGGCGAACCCAUUGACAUUGAAGUCGAUGUACGAGAAUUGGCGGAUAAGUCUUCCGAGAUGAACUAUCCUCCACAAAGCCCUGCUCAGUCUAAAUUCGUCGAGGACAAGUUGGAAAACGUGACCCAGGAGCUUUUCGAUCUCAAGGUAGAGCACGAGAGCACCGUGGACGAUUUCAACUUACUCCAAGCAAAAUACGCCGAGGCUCUGCACACCCUUGCCGAACUGCAGGACGCAGUGGACGAGGCUCGUCAUCCAGUCACCAACCGUGACUCUGUCUUAUCUUUAUCAUCACCAAAUAUGAAGAUGAGGCCUGCAUCUUUUUUAGCAGACGCGAGGGUGGAAGAGCUAAGGGAUGGAGGACACUUUUCAUCCUCGCGAUCACUAUCAUCGGAAUUGUCCUCGGUUGGGGAAUUGCCCAGUACAUUGGAGACAUCUAAGACGGAUACGUCCAAAAUUGCUGAAAUGAAAGCAUCUGGAGAGGAUUCCUCCAAAGACGCCGCAAUUGCUGCCGAACUCGAUACAUUACGUGCACUUGCGGCCGAUACCGAGGCAGCUCAGUCAAAGCUUGCUGAGAAAUAUGCGCAGUUGGAGGAAGAGCAUCUAGUAGCCCUUGACCUUGUGGAGGAGCUGAAAACCGACCUUUCCAAAGCCAAGGCGAAUGAAAUCAGCUCCCCACGAGCGAGCACUCCAGUGAUCCGUCGGAAAUCAAGCCAGAAUGUUAUGAUAAUCGAUAAAGCACAUCGCGCGUUCGCUUCGCUUCGUAAUAUUGCCACAGAAAACUUUGAUGCAAGCCCCGAUAUUAUGGCCAAUUUCGAGCUCAAUCUCAAUACUGCCAUGCACGAGCUGCAUUCUCGCUCAGAGCGUGUGCAAGAGUUGGAGGCUGACAUCACUGCGGUGAGGAAGGAGAUGGAGACCAAGAUGACCAUCAUCUCCGGUCUUACUCGUGAGCGAUCGAGCAUGAAGUCUUCUCCUAUGGAUAUGUCGGUUGUCUCGAGCAUGCGUGAUCAAUUGCUCCAAAUCCAAAAUGAGAUGCGUGUCGUCCAAGAAAAACAUGCCUCACGAGAGAAAGAAUUGCAAGCGGAGGUGGACAGUCUUCGCACAACUCUCGAUCAACAUAGCACAGAUGCUGAUAAGGGGAAAGUACUUGCUGCACAACAGCAGUCUAGUAAGGACAUUCAGGACAAAAAGAUUGUCAAUCUAGAAGCCGAGCUUUCUGGCUGGGAAACAAGGCACCAGAGUGCUUUGGCAUCGAUGGGCGGGUCUGAGAAGCAGCUACUUACCACAAUCACUCAGCUGGAACAGCAGCUCUCGGCCGUUAAAAAUGACCAUAAACAACAUCAGCAGCAAAUGGCAGGCGAUCAAGAAGGUCUCGUGGUUAAUAUGCAAAACGAGAUUGAGGAGCACAAGGCGUCUAUUGCAGCCCACAGUGCCCGCGUAGCAGAACUCGAGCAUGCUCAUACGGAACUUCGGGCGCAGCUUCAAGAAGCAACUAGCUCGAGGGAAAUUGCACUGCUGGAGAAGGAAAAGCAUGCCUCUCUUCUGGCUCGACUAGAACAACAAAUCAGUGAGCACGAGCAGGUUGUCAAGACGCAUCAAGAUGGACUUGCAGUCCUGCAUGCAAACCACACCAAAGAGAUCGAUACACUGAGAGCAACUAUCGAGGAGGAUCACCAAAGUCGUUCUGCUGAUCUUUCAGCCCAGCACCAACAAGCUUUAUCAACAAUGCAAACUGAGCUUGCUGAGGCUCGAGAUGAUCUGACAAAGAUUGCCACUCAAAUCGCUUUUGCACUUGGUCUUGAUGUCAGCACGGGCAAGCUCGAAGAGAGAAUUGCGGACUUGCUAUCUGACCAAAAGGUGUUAGCUGAUGAGCAACAAAGAUGUGCUGAGUUGGAAUCUCAUGUGACUGCGCUCACCGGAGCUAACGAUACCGUCGUGAAGGAGCUUCAGACCGUCAAAAGUGAACUUGCGGGCUUGCUCGCCCAAUCUGAAGAGGGCACAAAACUUCGUGCCGAUCAUGCUUCUGUUUCUGAUCAGCUUAUGGCUUUGAAGAAAGAGAUGACUAUGUUGACACACAAGAACAGGAAGAACUCGCGCCUUGUUGAAGAGCUCGAGGAGCAACUAGCGUCCAACUUUGACCAACAUCAAAUGGCGAACAACCGCUUGUCAACGUUACAGACUGAGCGGAACGCUCAAAUUGAGGAGGCAAAUGCAAGCGCGGCUCGUGCCCAGUCAGAGCUCGAAGCGAUCAAGGAGGAGUAUGCCUCACUUCAGGCCAAAAUGGUUGAAAGUUCUCAAGAAUCUUACACCGGCCCCCAACGAACUAAUUCUAAUUCUGGCAAUACUCAUCUUCGUAAAUCCGCAUCUGUUGCAUCACUACCAUCACCCCCACCCGCAAUUCCGCUGCCUCCUCUGCCUGGAAGCAUCGCGGGCGCUGUUUCCCCCAGUGGAAAUGCAGCUUCCGUCCCGAUUCCUCAAACGCCGACACAAGGCAAUCGUCCAAGCAGCAAAGACCUAGCCAUUGCUCAAAUCCAGGAAGAUCAAGAAGCACGUAUUCGCACGAUCGAGAAACAUCUCUUUGCAGAGAAGCAGCUUACCACCACUCUCGAGGAGGCUCUUACAGACUUGGAGCGACAAAGUAACAAGGUCAAGGCUGACUGUGAUGCUUGGCGACGACGUGCGAAUGAGCUCGAGGCGGAGCUCCGAGAUGCCAAUGACAAAAUCAAGAAUGGUGAUAACGAAAAAGAGAACCGAUGGAGUAUGCUUCAAGUUGAGGAAGAACGCAAAAAGAGACGUGAUGCAGAGAUCGCCCGGGCCCAUCUAGAGGAACGGAUGAACGCGAUCAGCAAAAAGAAGAAGAAGGGUAGCCUAAAUUGCUUCUAG